AUGCACGAGCAGUCGCUUUUCGCCUCGGUUCCAGUCCACCAACAUCAUGAGCUUCUUCAGCAGCUUGCCGGAUUGACGGCUAUGCAGCCCCGCCAUUGCCUAGAGCGGCGGUUGAUCUUCAAAGCCUACCGCAAACCAGGGUUGGCGGGGCGCACCGGAGCCAGUCAGGACCUCCAACAGGGAGACCUGCAGCGGUUGAACAAGAUGCUCAAUGGGAACAUGUACUACACCCAAGUGGUUGGUCCGGUUUCCGAACCGGAUUUCGGGUCCACUGACCCCGUCGAUCAAGACACUCAAAUGGCCGGCAUGGACUCGAAACCUUCUCCAUCUUCGUACGACUAUGAACGUCAGCCAUGGAAGUUGGAGUUCCGUGAUAUCCCGGAAGCUGGCACUCGAUCGGCGGUUACGUCGCGUCUGAUGUCUAGCGCCACGCUGCCGCGGGGCGAUGUUGUGCAAUCUAUGAAUGCGUGGGGCUAUCAUUUCACUACUGAAUAUGUGGUCGAAGGUGAUAUGUUCAUCCACAAUGACAUUGCUAUCUUCUUACAUCGCGUGCUGCACUACCCGGGUGGGGAUGAGUUGAAUGUGCCUCGGCGGCAGCUGCCUGCUUUGAAGGAUAUGACUCUGUUUGAGAAGAGCGGAAGCUAUGUGCUGCAGGCCUUCAUCAUUGUCCAGGACGGUAGCAAUCAGGAGACGAUGAAGACUGCCUCGCAGCAUCUCUUUGGGCUGCGCGAGCAGUUGAAGUCGGCGGUUCUCCUGGAGCAGGCAGAUCGAUUGUCUCUUGAUACGCGGGCGAAGUAG